UUCUUUGAAUGUUUUUCAGUUUUCAGUGAGGGUAAUGGAGUAUCCUAAACACCCUGGAGGAACAGAAGAAUGCAACAGCAAUGAGUCUGGUUGGACAAUGUAUAUCGGUUCACCUUACCGUGAGUAUAAUCAAGGAGAUGAUGAUGAUGAAGGAACUCCAAUGAAGGGUGAUGAUCAUGUUGAAGAUGGUGGUAGCGAUGAUUCCAUGACUUCGGAUGCUUCAUCUGGUCCAAGUCAUCAAGGAGUAGUACUAUGCACAAACAUAGAGCAAAUUUAUGGAAAGCAUGUGGAAAAAGAUAUCAGGAAGUUCUCAAGCAAGGAACAACUACAGCAACAAAAACAGGCAAAGAAGAAAUUGUCUGAUAAGAAUACAAAAGCAGCAAAAGAAGAUUCAGGACAUAAAGCAAAGAGCGGCAAAGGUUAUGGUUAUUGCAGAUCAACAACAAGGGGAAAACAUGUGAGUUAAGAGACAAAACCGAGACGCCACAAUCACU